AUGGCUGGUGGGAAAUAUCAAGAAUCCUCCUCUUCACGGUUUUCUAAUUGUAAACAUCAAGUGUUCUUGAGUUUUAGAGGUGAAGACACCCGCAGGAAAUUUACCGAUCACCUCUACACGGCCCUAGUCCAAGCUGGGAUUCACACAUUUAGAGAUGAUGAUGAGAUUCAGAGAGGACAUAAUAUAGAGUUGGAGAUCCAGAAAGCAAUACAACAAUCAAAAAUAUCGAUAAUCGUGUUCUCCAUAGACUAUGCUCGUUCGAGAUGGUGCCUCGAUGAACUUGUUAUGAUCAUGGAACGUAAGAGGACUACUAACUCCAUAGUUUUGCCGGUAUUCUAUGAUGUGGAUCCAUCCCAAGUUAGAAAUCAAACUGGGAGCUUCGCUGCAGCAUUUGUGGAACACGAAAAGCGCUUCAAGGAGGAGAUGGAGCGGGUGAAUGGAUGGAGGAUUGCUUUGAAGGAAGUUGCAGAUUUGGGAGGAAUGGUUUUAGGAGAUGGGUCCCAUAGUGCUGCCAUUGCUUUACUCUAUGGAAUUGGUGGAGUUGGAAAGACUGCCAUAGCCAAGAAUGUUUAUAACCAGAACUUUUAUAAAUUUGAAGGAAAGAGCUUUCUUUCAAAUUUUAGAGAAAGGUCAAAGGAAUUCAAGGGUUUAGUUUGCCUACAGAGGCAACUUCUUUCCGACAUCAUAAAAAAGAGUGUUGAUGAGAUAAAUGAUGUUGAUGAAGGAAUUUUGAAGAUUAAGGAUGUAAUAUGUUGUCGAAGAACUCUUAUUGUUCUAGAUGACGUGGAGGAAAGGGACCAAUUCAAUGCAAUCGUUGGCAUGCAAAAUUGGCUUUGUAAAGGAAGUAAAAUCAUUGUAACGACCAGAAAUAAGGGUCUGCUUUCAGCUAAUGAUGAGUGGGUCAAGUGCAAAGUUGAACCUCUAGAUAACGGAAAAUCACUUGAGCUUUUUAGUUGGCAUGCCUUUGGACAAGCUUACCCUGUUGAAGGUUUUGUAGAGGACUCUUGGAAAAUAGUGAAUCAUUGUAAUGGACUUCCAUUGGCCCUUCGUGUUAUUGGUUCUUCAUUAUCUGGUAAAAGUCGAGAAGUAUGUGAAAGUGCAUUCCAAGAAAUGGAAGUGAUUCCAAAUUGUGAAGUUCAAAAGAUUCUUCGAAUAAGUUACGACUCUCUUGAUGAUGAUUACCAGAAGAACUUAUUCCUUGAUAUUGCUUGUUUCUUCAAUGGAAUGGAUUACAAUUAUGCUGUUAGGAUACUAGAUGGGCUCGGUAUAGGUGCAAGAUUCAGGAUUGACAAUCUCAUCGAUAGAUGUCUUGUAGAAAUUGUUGAAAUCAACAGUGAUAAAAGGUUGUGGAUGCAUCAACUCGUAAGAGAUAUGGGAAGGGAAAUUUCUCGUCAAGAAUCACCCCAGUGUCAAAGAAUAUGGCAUCACAUGGAAGCUUUUACAGUUUUGAAAGAAACAAGUGAUGCUGAAAAAUUGCGUGGCCUUACCAUUGAUAUGCAUGCAUUAAUGGAAGAUAAUUGUACCAAAGCUAUCUGUGGUGAUUCAAUGGUUCGCCACAAGCAUAACUUCUUUCAACAUUAUCGUCUUCCUACGUUCCCCUCUCGAGAAUGGCUUUCUGACCUUUUCUUCGGGGAACAAGUACAAAGUGGUCAAGCAAGUUUGUUACCCGUCCUCAGCACGGAUGCUUUGAGAAAGAUGCAAAAUGUAAAAUUUCUCCAACUAAAUUACCUGAAGUUCCAUGGAAGUUAUGAACACUUCCCUAAGAAUUUGGUAACAGUUUUUAAGGGCGUAUUCAACGUUGUCGUAGCUGAUGAAGAUGGGAUGUUUAAGUUUUAUGAGGAGGAAGAAGAGGAGUGGAUAAUUCAGAAAGAGUUUGUGGGCUGCCUGUCAUUCCAAAUAGCCCCACCUGCUGUGCACCGGAUAUGUGGUUUUAACCUAUUCACAACUGGCUACAAGCACAGGAAUGUUGUAUUCCAAUCGCUAAGCCACUGGAAAUUAGGGGGCGAUGAUCCUACAUUUGAUAAUGGUGAUGACGUGAGUAUUUCAGUGCUUCCACUUGAUCCAACUAUUCAAAUAAUGAUGGUUGGUGUCCUAUGGUUGCAUGAAGAGGAAGGAAAUGGUGAUGAUGAUGAUAUCCAAUCAAAGAAUAAAGUUAUCACAUCCCAAAGUAGUAGCUCAUCAUACAGGGAAGUUAUCACAACCCACAACAGUAGCGGCGAUGAUGAUGAUGAUGAUGAUGAUGAUGUACAUCUAGCCAAUGUAGAAACAGCUUCUCAUAUUUUUAGGAAUUAUUCCUGUGCUGCGCGUUAUAAUCCUGGCAACUUGGAAGUAUGUUCGUGGUUAUUUGAAAAGAAAGGGAUAUUGGAAGAAAAAGGGAGGCAUCUUUGUUUAGCCUCUUGCAUGGUUGGUGGCGCUGUAAGAGAGAGGGGUUGAUUCUUUCGAAUUGCGGAGGAGAUCAGCGAGCAACAGAUUAUCUCGUGACACAUUUGUCUUCACUCAGUUUGGGUGUUAGAUUGGAAGGCAGCAACACACCAGCUUUUUGGAUAUAUAGUCGCCUUGAUGCCCUACUCUCGAUUCAGUUCAUAUGGCUGAUUUCUAUAGUUUUAAUCUAUGAGCAAUUUAAAUGCAGUCUGCUUAGAAGCUGAGAUGAGAAGAUGGAGGCUUAAGCUGAAGCAGACCAUGGAAAUGUACAGCAGUACAGCUUGCAAAGAAGCACUUUCUGCAAAAACGAAAGUAGUUACAUUUCAUCAUCAACUGCACGAAAAGUUUGAAAGAAGUUCGCUGUCAUUGAACUCAAUCCUGCAUUUGAACAUGGACUCAAUUGGCUCAGGAAGGAACUUAACUGAAGAUAUCAACGUCUCACAAUUGAAGAUAUCAACGUCUCCAAAGAUUACCCCUGCGAAGUGCGGGCAUCAAAUCUAAGAGUAUAUAUAUAUAUAUUUAUAUAAAGGUUCAUAAAAUUUUCUUCACGUACGGCUCAUGAACUUUUUUUCAUUCAAACCCGCUGGGGCUAAAAAAUUAUGAAAUCCAAUUCUCAACAAUCAAAUUGUUGAAGAAUAAAAUAAAAAAAUUAAUUUCAAAAAAGGAAAAAAGCAAAAAAAAUCAUUGAAAUGAAUGAGGACCAAAUAUGUCACAAAUAAAAUAAAAUAAAAUAAUGUAAAAGGCCUAAGCCAGUCUAA